CUUCAGUAUUUCCACAGUGGGCGGGUCCAGGGCUCGUUGGCUUUAGGACCCAGUGGCUCCUCCAGCGAGGCAGGCAGCGGCUCGGCUCUCAGACUGAAGCAGACAAAGGCGAAGGGAGAGACGGCGUGCCGCUAUCCUGCAGCAUCGACUCUCACAUUCACACACACACUCCCCCACGCACACUCUCCCUUCACUCCGCAAUCAGCGACGCAGAGUCUCCGGAGCUGGUCACCACCACCACACAUCUGUCACAACCAUCACAACUUUCAGCCAUCAUGGAGCUAGACUUUGGACAUUUUGACGAGCGUGACAAGGCAUCCCGUACCCCGCGGGGCGGGCGCAUGAAUGGACUUCCCAGCCCUACCCAUAGUGCCCACUGCAGCUUCUACCGUACGCGCACUCUGCAGGCCCUCACCAAUGAGAAGAAAGCCAAAAAGGUGCGCUUCUACCGCAACGGAGACCGCUACUUCAAGGGCAUCGUGUACGCUGUGGCCAACGACCGAUUUCGCACCUUUGACUCACUCCUGGCUGACCUCACACGCUCGCUCUCUGACCACAUCAAUUUGCCACAGGGUGUCCGCUUCAUCUUCACUAUUGAUGGCUCACGUAAGAUCUCAACCUUGGAUGAGCUAGAGGAAGGGGAAAGCUAUGUUUGUGCAUCAGAGAACUCCUACAAGAAGGUUGACUACACAAAGAAUGUCAACCCCAACUGGUCCGUGAAUGUAAAGGCCUCUGCGAGCCAGAAGAACAUGCAGUCCUUAGCUGCCAAGGCUGCCAGCGAGCCCAGAGAGACCAAGGACUUUGUUCGACCCAAGCUAGUGACGGUGAUGCGCAGUGGUGUGAAGCCACGCAAGGCUGUGCGUGUCCUGCUCAAUAAGAAAACGGCACACUCCUUCGAGCAGGUGCUCACUGACAUUACAGAGGCCAUUAAACUUGAAAGUGGCGUGGUCAAGAGGAUCUACACACUUGAUGGCAAGCAGGUUACCUGUCUUCAAGAUUUCUUUGGUGAUGACGAUGUCUUCAUUGCCUGUGGACCCGAGAAAUUCCGCUAUGCCCAGGACGACUUCUCUCUGGAUGAUAACGAAUGUAGGGUGAUGAAGGGACCCAAUAAAGCUCCUCAACGUGGUUCAGCAAAGAGUCCUGGUCCGAUCAGGCGCAGCAAGUCUCCUGCUGAAUCGACCAAUGGGACGGGCUCCAGCAGCCAGCUCUCCACCCCGAUUUCCAAGCAUUCCCCCACCUCCAGCCCCAACAGUCCAGGCCUCAACAACAAGCAGAAGGAUCUCUACCUGCCCUUAUCUCUGGAUGAUGAUGAUUCUCUUGGCGAAUCGAUGUAGACUCUCCUCCUGCAGCCUGCAUCCUUUUUGGCCUGAAACACAGAAGUUUUUAUACCUAGGCUGCUUUCCACUUUCACUCACAGUGCCACCUGUUACUGAGGAGAAACACUCUUUGUCUCUUUUGAAGGCCUUAGCCACCAGGGCUAUGACACCAUUUGCUGCUUGAGAAUAACGCAAACACAAACCUUUUUUUAUAUAUUCAGUUUCGACCACGUUGUAACAAUCAGCUCACUAAUGUUCAGACGUAUGUUUCUAUGUAGAGGUUAGCCUCUGUUUCUCAAAAGGGCACACAGUUCACUGACGAGCAGAUGUCACAGUGUAAAAAUUUCACUUUGGUCUCAAACAUUUUGUUAAAGGAUGCACUCUGACUUCAAUAUUUCAGUCACAGAAUUCCAAGCAGCAAAUGGAUAUUUUUAGGGUGUUAGUCAGAGCUGACUCAACUUUUGUAUCACUUGUAUUCGUGAAGUUCCUCAAUGUCCUCCUGUCCUUCUGCCCUACUACGGUUAAAGGUGUGAAAGGUAAUGGUUCCUUGCCAGAGGAAAUCUGCUAAGCCAGAUAAAGUCCUUCUAACCUGCUGUAAAUACUGCGUAUAGCUAUCCAUCUUAACAUCUCUGCCCAGUGUCCAUUGCUGUGCUUCCAUAACGUCACUAAAAUGUCUGUCUAACAUUUGCUCAACAUGAUACAGGGUAUGGUCAAAGUAAAAGAAGAACCCAAAUGAAGUCCCACCACAGAGGGUGAACAUAUGUGGGAUGCAGAUCCUGAAUGAAAAGGAUUAUUGGUCCGAAGCUAACGCCUCCUCAAUGAGAAUCCAUGUUCCCAAGUGAAUAUAAAUAUGAGAGAUUAUAAAACAGUCUAUAAAAUGACACUUUUAAACCACCAUAACCAUGGAGGCCUCAAAAUCCUUAUGUUGGCAAUAAUUGGCAUUCAUCUUGUCUAAUCAGGGACAAGGAAAUAACCAUGUAAGAAAAAGCAUCCCACAUAGCCCUCAGGGAAGUCUUUAUGUUGGUGUUUCCUCUAUUUUGUCCCUCUACAUAGACAGUAGGCUAUACAUGGUAUAUACCCUCUGUGUUUUAGAUUUUCACAAACUGCAGUGCAUGAUAUUGAUGAUCGAUUAUAAAACUUUGGGCAUGUAAAAACAGCUGAUUUUGAAGGACCUAACGGUGCAUAAAAACAACUAAAGGAAAAAAUAUUAGAAACAAAAAAAACAAAAAAAAAAGCCAAUACAUAUUCAGUUUACAGUUUUUAUUGAGCAAGCCUAAAUAAUUCCCUAUUAAGCCAGUUCAUCACUACAUCACCGUUGUGGUGAUGUUUUAUCUUACAAUGUGUGAAAUUCAAAGAUAAAUAAAUAAAUAAAGGUCUCAAAGCCAAAGUAUGAUUUUAGACCAAGAAUUAUAGAAAGGGGAAAAUAUGUAACUUUAUCAGUUGUAAAAUUAUUUUAAUAUUCUAGAGGAAGCACACCUGGAGAUUUAUGCAUGUUACUUUUAACGCAUUAAAAUAACGUCAAGAUGAAAUCAUGCUCAUCUGAGGCAAUUAGUUUUAUCAGGGCACUAAACAGUAGUGGGAUUUCUCCUAUUUUGCAUGGCUCAGCAUAGUUCUCAGAUACAGGGGAGAUGAAAACGUAAUGUUUGUCUAAAUCUAUGUGUGGGUUUUAAAUUUUUAUAAAGUUUAUUAAUUUAUAUCAAGGGUACUUGUUUAGGAUUUUUUUUUUCUAGUAUUGCUCACAUGAGCUCUAAACACUAGUACUUUUUUCAAGCCUCUGUGUGCAACUUUCUAUGGCCAUAUUUCUUUUUCUAUUGUCACGACUUGUAUUGUUUGUCUUACUAAUCUACUGAAAAGACUUCUCAGAUUUCUGCAGGGAAUCAAGCCUGAGAAUCACUAAAUUGGCGACAGUGAAGCACAAAGCAGGGAGCUACUUGUUCAUCACAGCAACGGACACUUUACUGUCUACUUGCCAGCAUUACAGAGCGUGACCACAAUUUAUUUCUCAAUAUAUUGAAAAGAAAAUGCUGCACAUGUACAGUAGCAUCCUUUUAGAUUAACAUCUAUGCAUUCGGAUUAAAGAAUAGUUAAAAAUCUUUUUUUUUUUUUUUCUGGAGGAAUGGCCUUUUUUUAUACCCAGUAGCGUAAAAAUAAAUUAACUAAAAAUAAACUAAAACUGAAGUGUCCAUGCAGUUAUUUCAUUGUGAUGAUGUGACAGUCUGACAGUUGUAUGUCUUGGAGUGAUCCGGUGUCCGCCUUUUUGGAUAAGCUUUGAAUAGCUGUUUUCAUCAGCCACUUAAUGUUUAAGACAAACCAUCACCAAACUAUCUGGUGCUGUGAACUACACCUUUCUCCUGCAGGGAGUGCUGUCAAGCCAGCACAACAGCUAAUAAUAUCAGCUAAUCCAACAGCAGGGGCACCUCACUUUACCUACCAUUUUGUACAAAACCCCAUUUGUUGUCAUUUUUCUGAAACUAUUGGUUCUAUAACCUUACAUGCUAAUAAUGUUCUUGUUUCCUUGAUUUUUCUACAGCUUACUGAAGAGCUACAGCAUAUAAAACAUUAACAGAAAAUGUUGGUUGUCUUGUGUUAACUGGCCCGCCACCAUGUAAGAUGGAUGGUGUGAAUUCAUCACCUAUAGUGGUGCCUUUUUUUAGAUUACUGUCUUUUGAUAAAAAAAAAAAUGAAAUGGGACAUCGAAGGCUUGCUGUUUGUAAAACAUUUUUAAACGUUGUGAAUGAGAAGGCCUCCCAACACACUUUGUUUUGUAGAGUUACAGGACACUUUAUCGUGGUGUAAAUACGCUCCCUUCCUCCCUUCCUGUUCUCUUUCAUAUGUAUGCCUUUCUGAUCGAAUGAAUGACUUUUUUUUUUUUCUUGGGAAUCUACAAUGUCCUUUUUAGUGGUAUUUUGCAAUGUCACAGUGGCUUGUUUCAGUGCUUCAUUCAGUGUAUUAACCAGUAUCCUUUUGCAAUUAAAACAGUUGUAUUUCA